UAUUCUCAAGCCCAAUUCUCAAGCUUCAAGUGAGUGUAGUUUUUGGGCUCCAGUCGAUUUUCCUAUUUUUGACAGUUUUCCUACCUCACUCUGUUGGGAAUAGUGGGAAAAGCAGUUAUUUAAGUCUUCCCAAGGGUCUGGGCAAGCAGGUGAUCAAAAGUGGUUAACAAUAAAGGGGAAGAGGGGCGCCUGGGUGGCUCAGUUGGUUAAGCGACUGCCUUCGGCUCAGGUCAUGAUCCUGGAGUCCCGGGAUCGAGUCCCGCAUCGGGCUCCCUGCUCGGCGGGGAGUCUGCUUCUCCCUCUGACCCUCCUCCCUCUCAUGCUCUCUGUCUCUCAUUCUCUCUCUCAAAUAAAUAAAUAAAAUCUUAAAAAAAAAAAAUAAAGGGGAAGAAAACGUAGAGUGGAAAAAGCCUCAAGUAUCCACUCCUAGGUCUGGUAUUAACUAGCACAAGAAUGUAACUACCCGCAAACGGGUAAAACGGGAAUUAAGAUUUAACAAUAGCUCCUAAUCUGGCCACUUCACCAAAACAAAGGAAAAGCAUUAACUUCUCGGAAGGCGGCAGCACCUGGGGGCCACGCUGUACGCUCAGCUGGGGGAAGAGUUACUAAAAAGAGGGUCCUUGCCCUUUGCUCUCCUUCAGGAACUCACCCUUGCUCUCGAAGGCGGGGGGCGCGGGGGAAAAUAAUGCAGCUACUUCACUCCCCAAAAGCGGGGACUCAGACCACAGCCCCCAGAACUAAACUGCCCACACUCCCGCCCUGACGCGGCCAGACUCCGCGCUGGGAGUGACGCAGUGGGCGGAAACACUGCGCAUGCGGGGAGGACGUGCGCGCGGGCGACGGGGCGUACUGCGCACGCGCCCCUCUCUUGGGAGGUGCCCCCCCUUUUUUUCUCACGGCAGGUGAGAGGCGGCCUCCCUCUCCUGCCCUCUCGCCCCGCCCCCUGAGCGGCGCACCCGGGGGGCGUUGCCAUGGCGACCCAGGGGCCACAGCGGGCUUGCGGCGGCACAACCCGCCGGGUCUCUGAGGACCUGGCGGCGGCGACAACAGUGGCAAGUCAUGGAGCUUUCAAGAAACAACGUCGAGGAGACCAGGAAGCACACGGGCCUCGGGCGUUGCAGGCAUUUCUUCUGGCUGGGCGUGGUCUUCGACACGGUGGGCGCGACCCUGCUGUUCACCGGGGUCUUCGCGCACCUGCUCUUCUACGACCUGCUGCUCUACCUGGGUUCCAUCAUCAUCUUCUUCAGCCUGCUGUGGUGGGUCUUCUGGUACACCGGCAACAUCGAACUGACUGCUGAAGAGUCCUUGAAGAGGCCCUUCUACGUGCCCUCCUCCACCAUGGUGGGCGCGCUGAGCCACCGCCUCUCUCUCACCUUCUGCAACGUGUCCACCACCUUGACGCGGAUCCGGCGGCGCUGCGGUCCCAGGACGUUCCUUCUUAGACCUGCUUCUCUGAGUAUGACCGUCACGGCCCGGCUCGAAAACCAGCUGGAGAAGCAAGACCAGGGCAAAGACGGACCGACAGGUGCCCAGGAGAGCGGCGAUGUGCAAAACCUGGGCAGCGAGGACCUGGGCCCCAAACCUGAAGCUGUCCGAAGUUCAGAGGGAGUUCGCUCCCCGGGCUCUGAUGCUGGGUCUCGGGGCCCCGAGGCUGGGCUGCCAGGGCUUGUGAAAGGAUCGUUUUUCACUCCAGACCAGCCUCGGCCCCCAGCCGUCCUCCCCUCCAGGAGCCUGCCUGUAAUCCCCUCGGCCUCUACUCGCCAGCCUCUAGCCGUGCGUGUUUCCAGGAGCCAGCCGGCGGGCACUCUUGCCUCUGCAGGCCAGCCGGCUGCCUCCUUGGCUUCUGCCAGUCAGCCUGCGCUCAGUGUUGCCUCUGAGAGUCAGCCUGCUGUCCCCUUGUCCUCGUUGACUCAACCUACAGUCAUCCUUGCCUGUCAGAGCCAGACUGCAGUGUCUGUGGCCCCUCAGAGCCAGCCCUUUGUGCCUGUGGCCUCUCAGGACCACUCCUUGGUUUCCGCGGCCUCUCAGGUCCAUCCCCUGGUGCCAUUGCCUGCACAGAGCAACCUCCAGGUCCUUUUGGCCUCUCAAAGCCACCCCCUGGUGUCUGUGGCCGCACAGAGCCAACUCCAAGUCCCACUAGCCUCACAGAACCAGCUGGAGAAUCUUCCUCCUGCUUCUCAAACUCCAUCUUCAGGUGCUCAGGCUUCCCAAUUGGAGGCCCUGGCCACCCCUGUGUCUCUGAUCCAGCUCCAAUCGUCCCAGUCUUUUCAGACCCAACCUGUGGACCUGCGGGUCUCCCUUGCUGUCCAUGACUUUCAGGCCUUCUAUCACAGCCGACAGACCCUCCAGAGCAUCUCUUUGGUCCAAGAGAUUGCUCCCAGCCCGUCCGCGCCUGUCCAGGAGUUUCAGAGGAAGCCACUUGCACAGGCUUUUGAGACUCCGCCACCAGCGGGCCAGGAGCUAAGUCAGGAAUUCCCUGCCACCGCGUCCCCACCCCAUGAGUCCCAGGCUCCAGCUUCUCAGGCCCAGCGAUCAGUGUCUCCUGAGAGCACACCCACCCCUGCCUCAGAGAAGACAAGUCGCCCUCCCUAGUACAGAACUGGACCCGUGCCAUCGGAGUGGCCGCUCAGGCCUUUGCCAAAAUCACCAAAGUUUCUACAGAUUUAAGUGCCAACUUUAUAAAAGCACAAAUACUUACCUUAACCUCGUUUUGGAAACUUCCGUGUGAGUCCUGACCUAUCUCAGACCAGCAGGCCUGCUACAUGGCCUCUGCCAAGUAUGUGUGUGUCAGUGUUGGGGGAGACUUUUCCAGCUUCAGAUCAUAAAGUUCUUUAUUGCCAGAAUUUUAAGCCAUAAUAAACUAUGCUACUCCAAAUGAA